AUGAACAUCAACAUAGACUCUGCUAGAGACACCCUUUGUAAAAACAUUUUGAUAUAUGGAUACUGCAAGUAUGAGAACAAGGGGUGUGUAUUCAAUCAUAAUAAAGGUGCAGUCACCAGCGGUACAGCUUCUACAGCCGCUGGAUCAGUGCCCUCGUUAGCACCAGCUUCUGGUGCACCAACUACAGCUGGAGGUGCUGCUCCAUCGACAUCCACAGGUACCUCUACGCCUGGAGUGGACACGAAGAAGAGAUUCAAUUUCAACACACCGUCAUUCCAACCAUCUAUACCUCUAGCAUCGACUUCACCAGCGCCGCCAGGAAACAACCCUAUCACGGGCAUUGCGGCUUCGUCCAACAGCUCUAAAUACAUAUCAUCUCCUAAAUUAAAGGAAAUCCCAACGUUUGUGCCUGAGGGAAUGGCUCCCAAUGACGGUGUGGCAAAGAAGUUCAACCCCAGCACUGCUUCUUUCACCCCAUCGUUUGUUCCAGGAUCAUCCCAAGAGCACGCAAUACAAUCACAUCAACCUGGGAUACCAGGAGGAGAUAUUGAUGUCAGUGGAAAAGGAAAUGGAGUAAUGCAUGGUCCUGGUGGCCUUUCUGGAGGAAUAACGGGUGGAAUGCCUGGAUUGGGUCAUAGCGCAGGACCGGGCCAAGGAGGACCAGGACAUGUCACUGGAAUUCUCCAGCAAGGGCAAGGCAACAGUCCACUUUCAGGACCAGGACAAGGACAGGGACAAGGACAAAUCACAGGAAUACAUGGACCAGGAGGACUAGGAGGGCCCUUAUCGGGACAGGGGCCCCAAGGAGCUCCUUCAAAUUACGGCAACCCUUAUUCGGCACCUCCAUCAUCAUCAGAUCUCUUCUUCCAACAUCAGCCCACAGCUAGAGCUUAUCCACUUCAAUACCAUUUAUAUGCCCCAGCACCGCCUCCGCGUUUAACGAUCCCAUUGCCACCAUCGGAAACAAAUUCUCAGCAGUUGUUUAUCCUGAAUGAGUUAAGAGAAACACUUACAAAGAAAAACGAAGCCACAUUGCAACUGUUCCCUAGAACGUCGCACUUACCUGAACACGUCAAUAAUUACCAUUCAUUAUAUCCUUUAGAUCUCAGCACUACUGGGUUGAAGUCAAAGCUGUUUGGGGUUCCAUUGACACAUUUCAAGGUAUUUUCAAAUAACGAUGGGAAUCCGUACACUCUUACAAAGGUGGAAAAUUUUUCCGUUAUAAGAAUUCAGAAUGAACUCCCAUUCAAAUCUAUUAAAAAGUGGAAAUCCAUUUCAUCUGCCAAUGUAGUAAAACUACAAGAAGCCUUCACAAGCAUGGCAUUUGGUGGUAAGAAUUCUGUGUUGGUUAUGAUUUACGAUUAUUACCCCAAUGCUCUUACUUUACUGGAGCAUCAUAUCAAUAGAAAAAUCGGAGGGAAGCUUGAGCCGUUGAAUGAAGAAAUUCUCACUGCAUAUAUAAUCCAAAUUACUUCAGCUUUGAUACUGAUUCACGAGAAGGGAUUGGCUGCAAGAUCAUCAUUAGACAUUAAUAAAAUCAUAGUAACUUCUAAGAAUAGAGUUAAAUUGAGCUGUGUUGGAAUAUCUGACAUUUUAUCUUACGAAAAUGACCAGAAGGAAAUCGAUUCAAUAAGUUUAUCCUCACAUACUAGCCAUUUACAAGCAGAAGACUUGAAAAAGUUUGGUAAGCUUAUCCUUGAUUUGAGUUUACUAUGCAUCCCACCACAGCUCAGAGAUCAAGGCAUAAGCGGUUUAAAGGGAGUAUUCACUCAAGAAUAUAUUACUAUUUUGGGGGCAAUUUUCGACGUCAAUUCUAUUCAUGAGUUUAAUCAAACAUAUUUAAGCCAUAAGUUAAUUGAUUUCAUAAACUCUGCCCAAGAUGGACAAGAUUUCAUGGAACUGCAAUUGACGAGUGAAUUAGAAAAUGCUAGACUUUUCAGAUUACUUACAAAGAUUGACUUUAUUGUUGAUAAGAAUCUCAAUAAUGCUGGAGACAAUGGGCCGAAUUACAUAAUCAGACUCUUCAGGGAUUAUGUCUUCAACGAAGUUAAUGAGUUUGGGAAACCAACGUUGAAUUUAAGCAGAGUUUUGACUUGCUUGAAUAAGCUAGAUGCUGGAAUAGAAGAGAAGAUACUUUUGGUGAGCGAAGACGAAAAAAGUUGUAUUAUAGUUAGUUAUAAGGAAGUGAAGGAGUUGGUUGGAGGAGCAUUUAGAAGUUUAAUGAGAUAG